UUUGGUUGGUUUUUUAUUUUUUGUUUUAUUCAUAAUGAAAAUUGGAAAUUUUGGGUUCAAGCUGAAGUACCAUUUCAAAAAUAAUUAAUAUUACAUUCCAAUUUCAUGAAAUAAUUUACAUAUUUGAAGACUUUAGUCGUUAGAAAAUUAAUUUACUUUUAAUCUCUUUAUUGGUACACGCAAUUAGUUACUUUGUAUUUAAACUGGCACUAUCUUCAAUAAAAGCUAAAACCUAAAAUGCCGCGUUAAAACAGCUGUUUCUCAUGUGUGUUUUUGUUUUUUUUGCAAUCAUGGAUGUUGACGAUUUGUCUCUUUCAUUUGAAAAUGUUAAUUACGUGCCCGUCUCAGGUUUUGAUUAUGAUUUCUCAAAACCGCUAAUACAACUCAAGUCAGUUACAAAACCAUAUCAAUCACCAAAAAAUUACUUAAAAGGAUGUAAGUGGUCUACCGAUGGAUCAUGUUUCUUAACCAAUAGUGAAGACAAAGUGUUGAGGAUUUACAAUCUACCCAAUGAAAUUUAUUCAACUCCGUUGGAUGAGAUAAAAUGUAGUGCUGAUGAGCAACAAUCAGCAAUUUCACCAGUAUUAGAGAUGAAAUCAAAUGAACUGAUCUAUGAUUAUGCUUGGUUUCCCAUGAUGAAUUCACUUGACCCUACAACAUGUUUCUUUCUCACCACAACUCGAGAUAAUCCAAUUCAUCUUUGGGAUGCUUAUACUGGGAAAAUCGCUGCUGUCUAUAAAUCUUACAAUCAUCUUGAUGAAAUUGUAUCAGCUUAUUCUGUUUGUUUUAGUCCAGAUGGAGAAAAAAUUUACGCUGGUUUCAAAAAAGGAAUUCGCGUUUUCAACACACGCAAUCCUGGCCGAGAUUGUGAAGAAAGAUUGACCUAUGUUGAUGGAGGUGGACAACAUGGUAUUAUCUCGUGUAUAACUGUUAAUCCUGUUCGACCAGAAAUUUAUGCAGCUGGUUCUUACUCGAAGCAGAUAGGUCUUUAUGAAGAACCAACUGGUGAACCAAUUUGUAUAUUAGAAGGCCAACGAGGAGGCUUAACUCAUUUAAUGUUUUCACCUGAUGGAACCAGAUUGUACAGUGGAGCUCGAAGAGAUGGAGAAAUCCUUUGUUGGGAUAUGCGAAAAUUAAGCACUAUCUUGUUUACAAUGAAAAGGACCGUAACAACACAUCAAAGAGUGUACUUUGAUAUUUCCUCUGAUGGCAAUUUAUUGGUUUCUGGUAGUGAUGAUGGAAUGGUUAUAUUUUGGAAUACAAAUCAACUUGAUAACAAACAAAAUGGAUACCUUGAGCCAAUUAAAAAAACUGAAGCCCACAAUGAAAGUGUCAAUGGAGUUAGUUUACAUCCAACUCUCCCAUUAAUGGUUACUUCAUCUGGUCAGCGGAGAUUACCAGAAACUACUGAAUCAGAUGAUGAAGACCAUCAUUUUGUUUCAUCAGUGAAUUUCGAUAAUUCUGCUAAAAUUUGGAUGAUUCCGAUUGUAUCAAUCACAGAGGACGAUGAAGUGGACAACCCAGAAGUUACAAAUGAUUUUAAAGAAAAUGAAUCGACGGAUGAUAUUAAAAAUUCUUAACUUUAUGAUUCAA